AUGGCGCUAUCACGUUCCUCGUUUCCUGCUACUCAUGAGUCCGUAGACUUGGAAUGUGGAGUAACUGCUAGUCAUCACGUGUCUAGUCGUCGCCAGGACGAGCUUGAUCUUAUUUUAUCUCUUGACUCGCAAGAAUUACGUCGUCAUGAAGCUUGGUUCCUAGUCGAGACCAAGUGGCUUGAUGCCUGGAUGAGUUACGUGCUUGGAGACGAUAAUGAUGGCGUCAUUGCUCGUAAACAACCAGGUCCUUUAACUAAUGAGACUUUAUUUGAUUAUGAAAAAUUUUGUAUUAAGAGUAAUUUGCAACAAACAAAGGAUUAUCGAGGUGUGAAUUCUCAAGUGUACGCGCUGUAUGCAGAAUUAUAUGGAACUAAUGACACGAGACCAAUUGUCCGUUGGACACUUGAUAUUUAUGCAGUACCAGUCAUGGUUGACGAUGUUAAAGACAUGCUGCAUGUACCGAGAUUAAAAGCUCGAGCUUUAGUUUUAGAAUUAAACGAGAGACGUGAGAUGAUGGAUAAAGGAUUAAUUAACGGACUCAAGAAACAUGAAGAAAAGGAAAGCUGGGGAUAUCGAUGUCUAUGUCGCUGUGAGUUUCUAGUGCCCUGUCUUUAUCGGAUGCUAGGAGGAGGACCGACCUACGAGAAGGAGAAACAGAUCAAGUGGAGCGACUACUUGUACUGUUGUGAGAAGACGAACAAGAAGAAAAAGAAGAGGAGACGCGGUGAGAAAACACGAGCGAUAAUCAAUGACUAUGCGGAAGAAGAUAGACGCAGUACUGAGUCUUCGACCAGUAGUGACGAAGAGACCCAUGAACUAUUGGGUUGA